CUAUUCUCGCUAGAUCUGAUGGUCCUCCCCUUCAUCAUCCACCUCAAUCACACACUCCCUUUUCACCUCGAUUAAAACACACACCACUGUGCGUUACUGUGUGUUUUUGUGCCUGAAAGAAAUCCAUCAUCAUCCCAUUAUAAAACCCUAAUUAUCUUCUUUCAAUCUUGUUCGUCCACUCAAAAAAAAUGGGGGAGGAAGUACAGAAGGCGCCGGAGGAGACGAAAAAGCCGGAGGAAGAAGCGAAACCGGUCGCCGGAGAUGAGAAGAAAGAAGAGAAGUCGAAAGACCCGCCCCCACCUCCGCCGCCGCAAGAGGUGGUUUUGAGAGUCUUCAUGCAUUGUGAAGGUUGUGCUAGAAAAGUCCGGCGAUGUCUUAAAGGGUUUGAAGGGGUUGAAGAUGUUGUUACGGAUUGCAAGACUCAUAAGGUGGUAGUGAAGGGAGAAAAGGCAGAUCCAAUGAAGGUUCUAGAAAGAGUCCAGAAGAAAAGUCACCGGAAAGUCGAGCUUCUGUCGCCGAUUCCAAAACCGCCGGCGGAGGAAGUUAAGAAGCCGGAGCAAGAAGAACCUCCAAAACCAGAAGAAAAGAAAGACGAGCCGCCGGCGGUGAUUACGGUGGUUCUGAAAGUACAUAUGCAUUGUGAAGGUUGUGCUCAAGAGAUCAGAAAACGGAUUCUCAAAAUGAAGGGGGUGGAAAGUGCAGUGCCAGAUCUGAAGAGUUCACAGGUGGCGGUGAAGGGUACUUUUCCGGCGACGGAGCUGGUGGAUUACGUUCACAAAAGAACCGGAAAACAGGCGGUGAUCGUGAAACAAGAUCCGGAGGUUAAGAAGGAAGAAGAAAAGAACGAUAAAGACGAGAAAAAGGGUGGCGACGGCGACGGUGAGAAGGAAGAGAAAAAACCAGAUGAAGGUGGUGACAAGAAGCAAGAAGACGCCGGAAAACCAGAGGAUGCGGCGGCGGUGAUGGAGAUGAGGAAGAAUGAAUAUUAUUAUUAUCAACCACCGAACUACCAAUUAUACCCUUCUAGAUACGCCGCGGAAACAGCGUAUGGGUACUCACCAGCUCCACAAAUGUUCAGUGACGAGAACCCCAAUGCAUGCAGUGUAAUGUAAAUGUUUUAGGGGUAAAAUUGUAAAAGCACAAGGGAAGCCAUGGCCAUGGUUUCUCUUCGAGCUUUUUGUAAUGGGUUUACAUGUGGACCUGUAUAAAAGUGUCUGCAGAAAGAAAAAAAAAAGCUGUAGAAUUUUGU